AGUUUGUCCUAUAUAGUCACAACCACAGCCACAGCCCAUCCACGCUCCGCUCAUCAGCACCUUUCGUUGGAAGCAAGCAACAGCACGCACCGGCGCCGCUCUCUGACUCGGAGGAGGGAACGAUGGCCUGCCGGCAGACAGUGGUGGCCGCGCUGCUGCUGGCGGCGGUGCUGGCCGCGUGUGCGGCGACGCCGGCGACGGCGGGGCACAGGAUCUACAUCAACUGGCUGGCCCACGCCAACUACAAUGACUGAGCCAAGAUGCAUGGGCCCUUCUCCAAGGGAGACUAUCUCGUGUUCUACACGCCGGAGAAGAGGCUGGACGUGGUGGAGGUGGACGAGCGCGGCUUCGACAGGUGCGACCCCAGCAACCCCAUCUACCGCUCCUCCGGCGGCCGUGACAUCCCCAUCCUGCUCAGCGAGGCCAAGGUCUACUACUUCAUCUGCAGCGUCGGCAGGUACUGCCCCGACGGGAUGCGCCUCGCCAUCGAGGUCCGUGAUACGCCGCGGACGCCGGCCUCCGCGCGCAACGACACGUCCGGCGCCGCGAUGGUGGAGAGCGGCGUCGCCUCGCCGGCGCCUGGACCCCGAGCGAGCUCGGAGAUCGAGGGAGAGGGGCGGGCAGGAGGAAGCGACUAUUCUGUUCGUUUGGACCGGAGAAUGUAACAUUAAGGAAACAUGGGGUCAAACUCAUAUGGACCAGAUGAUGUUAUGAAAAAAAUUAGACCAAUUAAAAAUAAGAGAAGAAAUUAAAAGUGCAAAAUGGAUUGUUUUAU